AUGUCUCUAGAGUGGUUGAGCUCCAUUAUGGGGACCACACUUGUGUCCCUACUCUUGUGUCAGUGUCUCCUGCCGGUGCUGUGUUCAGAAGAGGAGAUGGACACAGAGUGGAAGGCCUGGAAGAGGAGCUUUGGUGUGUCCUACACUGAGACUGAUGAUAAUGAACGCAGAGUCAUCUGGGAGGAUAACAUGAAGCUAAUUGAGGAAAACAACGCGGACUUCCUCAAAGGCACCAAGAGAUUCAGUAUGGCCAUGAACAAAUAUGGUGACCUGAACCGAAAUGAGUAUGGGAGGCUGCAGGGCACUAAGAUCGACGCUCGCACUAUCAAGCGCGGGAAGCAGGUGUCUGCCCGGAAGCUUCGCCUAGCCGGCAAGAAAUCUAAGAAAUUCAGUUUCGACUACAGAAAAAUGGGCUAUGUCACACGUGUCAAGGAUCAGGGCUACUGCGGCUCCUGCUGGGCCUUCAGCACUACGGGUGCCAUUGAGGGCCAAAUGUACAAGCAGACAGGAAGGCUGGUGUCACUGAGCGAGCAGAACCUGGUGGACUGCUCCCGGCCUUACGGGACGUUCGGCUGCAGUGGAGCCUGGAUGGCCGACGCCUAUGAAUACGUGUUGCACAACGGGCUGCAGUCAGAGGCCUCCUACCCUUACACCGCAGAGGAUACCCAGCCCUGUUACUAUAGCAGCAGAAAGGCAGUGGCCCGGAUCAGAGAUUACAGGUUUAUUCCCGCUGGGGAUGAGCAGGCCCUGGCGGAUGCCGUGGCAACGGUUGGCCCAAUCACGGUAGCUUUGGAUGCAGACCACCCCAGCUUCAUGUUCUACAGCUCAGGAAUCUAUGAGGAAUCCAACUGCAACCCGAACAACCUAAGCCAUGCCGUCCUGCUGGUGGGAUAUGGUACUGAGGGGGGAAAGGACUACUGGCUGAUCAAGAACAGCUGGGGUACCGGGUGGGGAGAAGGUGGCUACAUGCGCAUGCUCAGGAACGAGAACAACGCUUGCGGCAUAGCCAGCUACGCUCUCUACCCCAUUGUUUGA